GCGGCGGAGGGGAGCGGCGGUGACAGCGGGCUGAGGGGAGUCCCGCCGCCGCCAUGGGCAUAAAAUUUUUAGAAGUUAUUAAGCCAUUCUGUGCAGUGUUACCCGAAAUCCAGAAACCGGAAAGAAAAGAAAUGCAUAGCUGGGAACAUGACACCAUCCGAGAGAAUCCUCUUUCGUUGAUGAGAGAUUCCUGAAGAUCCAGUUCAGAGAGAAGGUACUAUGGACGGCCAUCACGCUCUUCAUUUUCUUAGUGUGCUGCCAGAUACCUUUGUUUGGAAUCAUGUCAUCGGAUUCUGCAGAUCCCUUCUAUUGGAUGCGAGUCAUUCUUGCGUCAAACAGAGGUACUUUGAUGGAAUUAGGUAUCUCACCCAUCGUGACGUCUGGUUUGAUCAUGCAGCUUCUUGCUGGAGCCAAGAUCAUUGAAGUUGGGGAUACUCCAAAAGACAGAGCCUUGUUCAACGGAGCUCAGAAAUUAUUUGGGAUGAUUAUUACCAUUGGGCAAGCCAUUGUGUAUGUUAUGACUGGAAUGUAUGGAGAUCCUGCUGAAAUGGGUGCUGGAAUUUGUCUUCUUAUUAUAAUUCAGCUGUUUGUUGCUGGUUUGAUUGUGCUGCUGUUAGAUGAGUUGCUCCAGAAAGGUUAUGGCUUGGGGUCGGGUAUUUCCCUCUUUAUUGCUACCAACAUCUGCGAGACCAUUGUCUGGAAGGCUUUCAGUCCCACCACCAUCAACACUGGCAGAGGGACAGAGUUUGAGGGUGCUGUGAUUGCAUUAUUUCACCUUCUGGCUACACGAACCGACAAAGUCCGGGCUUUGCGGGAGGCUUUUUACCGCCAGAAUUUGCCCAAUCUCAUGAAUCUGAUCGCGACAGUAUUCGUCUUUGCUGUGGUCAUAUAUUUUCAGGGAUUCCGUGUUGAUUUACCCAUCAAGUCCGCCCGGUACCGGGGGCAGUACAGCAGCUACCCCAUCAAGCUCUUCUACACCUCCAACAUCCCCAUCAUCCUGCAGUCGGCCUUAGUUUCCAACCUCUACGUCAUUUCCCAGAUGUUGUCUGUUCGGUUCAGCGGCAACUUCUUGGUGAAUUUACUAGGGCAGUGGGCGGACGUCAGUGGCGGUGGCCCUGCUCGCUCGUACCCCGUUGGUGGCCUGUGCUACUACUUGUCCCCUCCAGAAUCCAUGGGUGCAAUAUUUGAGGAUCCUGUCCAUGUGAUAGUUUAUAUCAUAUUCAUGUUGGGAUCCUGUGCGUUCUUCUCAAAGACUUGGAUUGAGGUGUCCGGUUCCUCAGCAAAAGACGUUGCCAAGCAACUCAAGGAGCAGCAAAUGGUGAUGAGAGGCCACAGGGACACUUCCAUGGUUCACGAGCUCAACAGGUACAUCCCUACAGCAGCUGCCUUUGGUGGUUUGUGCAUCGGUGCCCUGUCGGUCCUGGCUGACUUUCUGGGAGCCAUCGGGUCGGGCACCGGCAUCCUGCUCGCCGUCACUAUUAUUUAUCAGUAUUUUGAAAUCUUUGUAAAAGAACAGGCUGAGGUUGGAGGAGUAGGUGCAUUAUUUUUCUAGAUGUCCAAAUAUUUCAUGGUUUGUGUGAAAGGGAAAGUAUUUUGACGACACGUGUCAUUUAGUCCAAUAACGCUAUUUCCUUUUGACUUGUUUUAAAGUGCUCCAUGUCCCAUGACUGUAAUGGGCACCGAGCGAUGCCCGUGCGCAGCGUUAGUACCAGCUGCCUUAAGAAUAAAGUUUACAUUCUCUUGUUUAAGUAUUAUCUAGUGUUGCCUGUAAUGCUGGAAACCAAUUCAUCUACCUUGCUGUUCAGACACUCCAGGGAGAUGGGAAAACGGAGCAGUUGGAUAGAGGUAAACAUUUUUGCACACAGCAUUAAAGCAUUAAAAUUAUUUCCCUGUCCUUAAUAGGAAAAGAAAAAAAAAAAAAAAAAAAUCUUGAGUUCCGAUUGCCACG